UGAGAAUGCAUUGCAAAGACUGCGCCCUGGUGACCAGCUCGGGGCAUCUGUUGCGUAGUCAGCAGGGCCCCCAGAUCGAUCAGACAGAGUGUGUUAUCCGCAUGAAUGACGCCCCCACCCGAGGCUAUGGGCCUGAUGUGGGCAACCGCACCAGCCUGCGCGUCAUCGCACAUUCCAGCAUCCAAAGGAUCCUCCGCAACCGCCAUGACCUGCUCAACGUGAGCCAGGGCACCGUGUUCAUCUUCUGGGGCCCCAGCAGCUACAUGCGGCGUGAUGGCAAGGGUCAGGUGUACAACAACCUGCAGCUCCUCAGCCAGGUGCUGCCCCGGCUGAAGGCCUUCAUGAUCACACGCCACAAGAUGCUGCAGUUUGACGAGCUCUUCAAGCGGGAGACAGGCAAAGACAGGAAGAUCUCCAACACAUGGCUGAGCACCGGCUGGUUCACCAUGACAAUUGCACUGGAGCUCUGCGACAGGGUCGAUGUUUACGGCAUGGUGCCCCCAGACUUCUGCAGGGACCCUAAGCACCCUUCCGUACCUUACCACUACUACGAGCCUUCGGGACCUGAUGAAUGCACAAUGUAUCUCUCGCAUGAGCGAGGACGCAAGGGCAGUCACCACCGUUUCAUCACAGAGAAACGGGUGUUUAAGAACUGGGCACGGACAUUCAACAUUCACUUCUUUCAACCAGACUGGAACCCAGAGUCACCUGCUGUGAGCCACGGGGAGGACAAGCCCGUGUUCUGAGGAGUGCGCAUG